AUGUGGACCACUUAUUACCAUCCCAAAACUAUUGAUUUGUUGACUGGAGUGUUUUGGAAUCAGAGAAUCAAGCUGAAGUACAAUGGGAGGACUAUUCGAUGCAGAAUCACUCUCCAUCCAGAACGGAAAAUCCCCUUAUUAUGGUGCCGAGAAAAACAUCUGAAAGCAUUGCCAAUCGCAAUAAACUCUGCAAUUUGUGACGUAUUCAACACAUCAUCUGAAAUCCGAAUCAUGGCUGAUAUGGACCAAUUAUCAGAGUUUCCAAACAUAGAUUCAGUCGAUAAUUUACUAGAAUACUCUCGUUCUGUAGAUCAAAUCGAAUAUCAAAACUUCUUCGAUCGAAUCGAUAUUCGAAACGCUCUAUCAAUAUUGAUAAAACUGAUGCACUCAAAGGGAAAUUAUGAAGAAAAUGCUAAGAUCGGCCAGUCAUCUGUAUUGCGUGUUCUCAACGUCGAUCCAACACAGAGAGUUUACUUGGAGAGUUUAACAGUCAGCGACGAGAUAGUCAAUCUCGGUUUCAGCCCCAACGAAAACGCACACGUUUUUGAGAUUCGUGGAUUUGUCCCCGGAUGGAGGCACAUCUACAUUGAAAUCAAUCGACGUAUGCUCUCGUCUAACACUCAUGCGAUCUACCUCCACCCUGCCGAAGAGAACUUGAGUUCUCACGAAGUGAUAGCGACACCGCAAAUGGACGUAGACGAGGAUUUGAAUGCCGAAUAG